AUGUCUUACGAGCGAGACAACGACAACGCCUACGGCAGCAGCGGUAUGCUAAGAGAUCAUCGCCUGCAGUGUGGGAUGUGUUAUCUGACCCAUUGAACAGGCCGCCAAGGAGGGUUUGGAGAUGACACCAUGGGCUCUGGAGGAUAUGGAGUACGUACCAGGCACCAUCAUUCUUGAAGAGAACUCUGUCUAAUCAGUGACAAGUCUUCCGACCGCUCGAAUCUAGGCGGAGGUCAGGACGACUUUUCCAGCGGUGGUCGCACUGGUGGGGGCUUUGGAGGCUCUUCUGAUGACUUUUCUUCUUCUGGCCGAACUGGAGGCAUCGGAGGUCGCCCCGACGAUUUUGGCUCCAGCAACCGCAUGGGCGGUGGAAAUGACAGCUACGGAUCCUCUGGUGGCAUCGGAGGUUCCGAUCAGUUCUCCAGCGGCGGUCGAUCCGGUCCAGGUGGCCUUGGUGGUAGCGACAGCUACGGCGACUCGACCACUGGCGGUCCGGGAGGUCUUGGCGGAGACAGUUUUGGCUCCAGCGGACGUGAUGCGAUGACAUCGGGGGGAAGGUCAUAUGUACGUGUGCAAAGAUCGCUUCUGCGUGGUGGCAUUGUCAAAACCCAGCUACGAGAAGUUUCUUAUCCUUGCGAUUCUUUGACUAACUCUUCUGUGUAUCUAGGGAGACGACAGUACGUCACAUCCUCUCCGCCAGCGGACCUGAUCCUGGGAGCCCAAAUUGCAUAUCAUCCUCGAUGUACGGGACUGACAUUUUGUAGGCUAUGGCAAUACGACCUCCAACCUUGGCGGUAGCGAUAGCUCCACGGGUUAUGGUGGUGGAAUGAACAACACGAACAGCUAUGGCGGCGACUCAAGCCUAGGCUCGGGUACCGUUGGUGGAUCUGGUAAGAGAUGCAACCCAAACGCAAGAAGGCUGCGUGUUGACAGAUGAUUCCAGGCCACGGUAACGACUCGUCCGACUAUGGAUCCGGAAACAAGAAGAAUGACUCCACGAUGGGCAAGCUCAUGGAGAAGGCGGGAGGCUUGAUGAAGAGCGACAACAUGGCCGAGAAGGGCCGUGAGAAGCGUGAAGAAGCUGCAUAUGGAGGUGAUAACUACGGCUCCUCUGAUCGUCGCGACAACUACUAG